AUCUCUUUCAUCUUUUUUUUUCCGGCAUUUUUUUUUCAUUUCCUCUCUCUCUUACUUUAUACUACUCUAGGGUCUAUAUUAUACUAGUAUUCAUCAAUAGGGGAAGUAGUAGCAGUAAUAGAAGUACUAUCAGUUUUCUCUUCCUUUUGAAAUAAAAUUAGUAUUCUAUUCAAUUAAAAUCGAUCCACUAGUCUAAAUACUAGUACUAUUAUCAGAGGAGAAGAAAGGACAGAGAGAGUGAGAGAAAUUGCAGCGACGAAGAAAGAGAAAGGUAUUUGGAUAAGGAUGGGAAGAAGGAAGAUAGAGAUGAAAAGAAUUGAAGAUAAAAGUAGUCGUCAAGUUACAUUUUCAAAGCGGCGUUCUGGUCUUAUCAAAAAAGCUCGCGAACUCUCUAUCCUUUGUGAUGUCGAUGUUGCUGUUCUUGUUUUCUCUAAUCGUGGUCGUCUUUACGAAUUCGUCAAUAGUUCUUCUUCUUCCAGUUUGUCUCAGAUUCUUAAGCGCUAUCAAGAUUCCACUGCAGCAGACGGGAAAGCUUCAAUAGCUGCUGUUGAAACAGAGCAGAGUUCACCUUCUAGUUGUGCAGAAGUCCAAACAUGUGGUGAGCUAGUAAAAUCAGUUGAAAGGUACCUAGAAGGACCAGAGCUUGAAAAUCUUAGGCUUGAGGACUUCAUGAGGCUGGAGAGGCAACUAGCUGAUGCCCUUGUACAGACCAGAACCCGAAAGACUCAACUUAUGCUAGAAUCUAUCGGAACACUAAGUGAACAGGAGAAGCUGUUGAAACAAGAGAAUGAACAGUUGAAGGAUGAGGUAGCAAAUCUGAUAGGCAUUCCCAAGAGCCGAAACCAUAAGGAUUUAGGGGUUAACAACUUGAUGGAGGUGGAUGCUGAUAGACAAUACUCUCAGCCACUCAGAACACUUCCACUGCUGAGGUAACUGCUGUAAGAGUCGGCAUUGAGCAGCAUUUUGCACUUAUCAUGCUAAUUUGGCCAUCUAUGCAUGAUGAAAGCUCCUUGUUUAUCUGAUGAGGUCUCCUACAUCUAUCUAUUUGACAACUAUAUUUACAAAUAUAUUAGUCCUCUAUGUACCUACUUUUUAUGUGCUCCCAGAUGAACAAUUAUUAUACUACAGUAAUAAGCUAGAUUCAGAGUAAUAAAGCAGACAAGUGAAGUACUCGGAGAAGGUUAUUGUAAAGUAUGUCUAGUUGGUCAAGUGGUUCUUGUGAAUAAUCUCUUGUUGUAAGAGUGGUUCAGUCUUCAGUUAUCUUGGGAUUAUUGCUAAUGGUAUCCUUCCUGUCUGGGAAAGUGAGCAUUAUAUUGAA